UGAGAGGGGUCCAUGAUAUUUUUGGCACCUUCCACUACUGGAGUGGCGAAGCAGUUACUGUGCGCCUGUCCUCGCCCGUGCCUUCAUUUCAAGUAAAGUACAGUAGAAAGCAAAAGGAGCACAAAAGCAACGCACAGGCACCACGAUGAAGACUGACGCUCGUGUCUGUGGGAGAUGAAGGGGACUAUGCCAUUCUGCACGAGGACUGCCGUACAAGCUGCUGCCUGGCCCAUCAGGGGAUUUGGCUGGGUUUGAAUAAUUGUACCAUUUAAUUACGUUAAAACAUAAAGGUUGUAAAUACAAGUAAUUGAACGUAAGGACACCUUUUGAAGAACUUUUAAUAUUUUGUUCGUUUAACUCGGAUAUGGCGGCGCCAUGUGGAGUGCACUUUUAAAUGGUUCAGGGCUGCACGGUGGAGGCGGUGCAGCCGGGGGCUACGUCCCGUCUCAAGGAUGGGAGUUUGUACCGUGCACCAGACUCGAGAAGACUGGCAAAGGAAAAAACUGCAGCUCACCAAGGAGGAUAUCAUCCCCGCCCAUCGUUUUCAGGAACAUCUGUGACGCUUUGCCGGGAGAAAGUGAAGGUGGAACAGGGACAAAACUGGAAUUCCUCAAAGGACAAAUGCCGCCAGACACCGAAGCCCAGCAACAGCAACAUACGCGGCUAAAGAAGAAAUUUGAGGAUCUGAAAAAGCGGCACGUACAGGAUAAAGAGAAAUGGAUGUGGGAUAAGGAGGUGCUGCUGAGAGAAGUGGCUGACAUACAAGCAGGGGAGAACCGGAGAAUUUUGCUGGACCUGAAGACAGUGUUGGAAGAAGUGCAGGUGGAGGUGAAGCGAGAAGAAGAAAAGAGGAGUGAUCUUCAGCUGCAGUACAACAGAGACAGAUGUGCCUGGGAGCUAGAGAGGGCGGAGCUCAAGUGCUGCAUUGCACAGCUGGAAACCAAAGGUGGCUCGAGAUCAGCGAGUGGAGGUGUCCAGUGUGCGUCAGGGUCUUACGCAGUGGCUAAACAAGCUCAUUGUGAAAAGCAGAGUGAGACGUCAACGCUCCAUCAGGACAAGGAGGUACAACGGAAACUUCUGGCGGACACACACUCACCCACCAUGGAGCUGCGCUGUCGCCUGGAGCACAAUGAGAAGAAUUGGUUGAAGGAGAAAGCCGAGCUACUGGAGAGAUUUGACAUUGAAAGGAGUGAAUGGGAGAGCCAACUGAAAGAUAUGCAAAAGAAAAUAGAAGAGUUGUACUGUGAGGUCAGGGCCAGGGCCAAGCGAGAGGGUGCUUGUGGUCGUCGGAAUGAAGAAGAAAUGCCUCGGCUAAGUGUCCGUUCACUGAGCUCUGGUUCCAGUGUGCUCAGUGAGUUGUCGCAGACCCAUAGCAGCUGCAGUCAGCCUGAGACCUCACCUGCGUCUGAUCGCUACAUUAUCGGUGGCCGGGUGGGUGAGAGUCAUUCAACCACCUGUUGUCAACCAGACAGACUCGGUGAACUAAUUGCAGGUGGUCAGUUUAAUCAGAAUGAAUAUGCACACCAUGGAUUAAGGUUAAGAGACUCCAUCCUUGAUAAGAAAGAUGUUGCCAACACUGCUGAGCUUGAAGGAAUUUUCCAUCAAUCUAUUGGAUGUGGACAGGCAACAAAACAUGCCUCCAUUGGGAAUGAAAAAUGUCUUCAUCAUGGCAUUCAAGAAAGUCCACUGUUGGUCGAGCGGGGUAACGCCAGUGAGAAGAAGAAAAGCAUGACUGCUCUCAAUGCUGCUCUGAAGGAGAUAGCUCGUGUCAGUGAGGAACUCUGUAGCUACCAGGAUGAGAUAAAAAAGAAGAGUGAGGAUAAAAGAAGUCAGUCUGAAUUGUACCUCUCAGAAGAAAACAUCCCCGCGGACUCGGAGCACACUGGACUCAAGUCGAAGGAUGCAACAUAUGACCUCAACCAUAUCUGCCAGGAACUUAAGGAAUUAGAAAAGGAAAACUGGAUUACCUUGUCACCGGAUUACACCUGGCGGGCCAAUAGAGGGUCAAAAGAUUCCUGGGAAAGCAAUUCUGUUAACAGCUGCAAAGAUGUACAAAAAAGUCCUGUCGCACUCUUUCCUGUAGAUACAGAAGCCCCCCAUGUUCCUCCCCGCAAUUUUCCCCGGAAUCGGAGCUCCCCCUCUCAGACUGACACAGAACUCCACAUCCCUGAGUCCCCCAUAACAACAAUGACAAAGUGCCACAGCCCAUGUGUUACAAUAGACCAACAGUAUGGCAGUCCAUCCAUUGUUAGAAAGUUUGAAGCAAUGUUGAAAGAAAAUGAAGGAAAGGUUUUCAUAGAUGGUGCGGUAGCGUCAUGUUCCAUUCCGAAAAAUUCAAACUGUAACAUUGGCUGCUGCCACAACCGUUGGUCUUGUGAUGCAACCAAGUUCACUUGCAGUAAGUUGUCCAGAUGUGGGACUGUCCAGAAGAGUUUCUCUGAAGCUAACAUAUUGACUUCAAGAAAAGACCGCUCACCCUACAGCGCUGCUAUUGGGAAUUUGCACAACCACCAAAGACAAACGUCUUCAGUUCUUACAGAAUUACUCGCAGAUUUGCUAAUGUCCUCCCUGGAAAUAUCAUCAACCAGUCCCAACCUACAUGGUUCCAGGAGAAACAUCAUGUUGGAAAAAAAAACAGCAGAGUUUAACAGAACUUUGUUUCAGGCAGAGAUGGGGUAUGGGGUAGAUGAAGAAUAUGUUACAGAAGCAGGCGCCCACUCUGUGGGUUGCCAACCAGCCGUGAAAGCUGACUGUGUGCCGGAUAAGCAUUCACUUGCCAGGCAUUGCGCUGAUGACACAACUGGUGUCAUGGACGUAAAUGUUGAGAUUGCAUUUUUCACUCCCACUUCAAAUCUUCCCAUUCAGAACACAAAGGACAAAGUGAGCCCAAGUAGUUAUAAAGUCCAAGAGGCCAGAAUGAAAAAUUGCACAUCGUCCAUCAAUAUAACUGAACAAUCAAACACUGCAGUCCGGGAGGCCAACACACGCACUUCUCGGAGUCCUGCACAUCUUUCUGAGGUACAACAAAAUGUUCAAACAGCAAGAAACCCUUCCAGAAAAACGCAAAUCAGAUCACCUAAAGACACUCCCCUUUCUGAGUCUGCAUUGUCUGCAAAUAUCUAUUCAGGUCAGAGUGUGAAAGAUGCAAUCUAUAAGAGGGACACUUCUUCAAGAGCUCAGAUUCAGCCAGCGAGAGUUGACAUCUCACUCCAGGAGCCUUCAGCUCAGAGUAAACUGAGACAAAUUACACUUCCAAGACUUGAAUCUGUGCCUCCCUCCCAGAUGGACUGCUCCACACCUGCAACUCGAAAGUUGAAAGACCAUCCCUGGAAGCCCCUCACUCUUGCUGCGUACCCACGCCCUGAAGGUUCACGGUCCAACUACGGAGCAUUAGAAAGAAUUCUCAAGCACUAUGAGAAUGCAGCUAAGUCACCACCACAGGAUGAGAAAGCUAUGGGUCCUAACGUCAGCCUUCAACAAGAUGAUGGCACCGGAUUGAACAUGCGAGACAUGACUCCAAAUCCCACAGCACCUCCGUUGCGACAGCUGUCACGUAUAGAGACAAGCACCACUCUAAAAACCCACAGUAACAUCAGAGUGGCACAGAUACAGCAGCAAAUGCAGGAUGAAGUGGAGUCAGACAUCUCUUUUACCCAAAAUAUCUUCUCAAAGCCUGUACAUCAAGCCAAUCGACGUCUGUCUUCCCGAUGGGCCAGCCGCUCCCCGACUUCACCCGCUUCCGCCACUGCAUCUCCCUGUAUCACCACUGUCUGACUAUCAUCCUCAAACAUCUCCCAUUUCCCCUUCUACUUCUUCGAUUGGCAGACCUUUCACAUUGAGGCUGUCUUCUUUUGAUCUUCACCUCACUAUCUGACCAACAGCAGUACUCCGGUGAUGAAAGCUAAACAUAAGCUGUUAUCCUCAACACCGUUGUAACAUAGUGGCUCUGAUCUCCUCUGUCACACAUUUAUAGUUACAGUUAUAGUUGUGAGUCUGCUUCCAAAUGAACCCACUGGAGCCAAGCAGAUUAAUUAGAAGAUGUUCCAUAAUAGCUUCGGUUGUGUUGUAACAUGCUCAAACUGACCUGCCAAGCAUUGCGAAUGCUUUUGAAGGUGUUGAAAAUAUUGCGAUUUAAUGUACUUCACUCAGGUCUAAAUUCUAGUCUUGACUGGAGAAGCCUUGUAAAUCUACUCACCACGUGUCACUAUUUACCUUCACUCUACAAAUACUAUUUACAACUGAAAGUGAUGCAUCAUCAAAUGGAACUGUAAGGUAUUUUGUAUUAUUUUCAUGCGUUUUGACAUCAAGAGAAUUAUGUUUGAUUCACAUAUACUCUAUGAGCAGCAUCAAACUGUCCAUUUUUGCUUUGAAUAGAAUUGCGUACAUGUACUGUACCUUGCCUGUGACUUAACAAUUUUGUUUUAAAUUCAGCGCUGACUUUAUAAGGAUCAUAUCUUGAAUCCACAUUUAUUUUCUUUAGUAUUUAUAAAAUGAGUUUACUUUUAUAACUUUGCACCAAAGGCUGGCUUUGUCAUUAGGAUUUUCUCACUUCAUUUUGAAAGCUAAUGUUUCUCAUGGCAGUUUUAAGAUAAGAUAUCCUUUAUUUGUCCCACACCGGGGAAAUUUACAGUCUACAGCAGCAAAAUUGGGGGGUAGAAAAUUUUGCCGUCAUCUCAUUGCUUUAGUUGUAUUGUAUCUGACGUUACUGCUUCAUUUACUCUGCAACAUGGAUAGUAAUGCUUACUGAAUAAGGACAAGGCCUUUUGCAACUUAUACUAAUGAAUAUUAACAUAUCAGGACAAAGUAUUUGGCCCCAUCACUAUUAAAGUGAUGCCUUUGCUGUUAAUUGUGUGGAAUAAAAUAAGGACUAAAAGGA